AUGGAGGAACUGCAGAAGGCAGCCGACAAUUUAUCUGCCAACUUCGAUCGCAGCAGGAACAAACAAGCAACUCUGGCACAGAUGCCCAAGACAAUCAGCAAAGUGCAUCAGGAACGACUGGCUUCCAGAGAACAUCUACAAGCCGUGGUGCACAUGACGAAUUUGUUGUCUGUGGAAUUGGUGAGGCCACAUGUUGGUUUGAAAGGUGCCGAUCCCUCGAACAAGCUCGCCCGCCUGACUUACGGAAAGUACUCUUUCUUGUGCCACACUGAAACGGGACGAGCAGAGUGGGAGCAGAUCUCGACGGACAUCAUGCGCUUAGUCUUGCAGGCAGACCAAGGCGGUCCCCUUUACGCUGCCUACCAAUUCCUUGCUGGCAAGGGAUAUCCUGUCGCCUUCUCUCGCGAUGAGGUGAUGUCAGGUGCUGACAGGCUGGUUAAUGAAAGCCCGCCGGAGUCCGUGGCGGACAGGCCGGACAGGAACGGGUUCAAAGUGGAAGAGGACGCCUCUCUGAACUUCGACCGCGUCGUCGGUCGCAAUCCAUUUGUGCAAUGCGGAAAAGGAGAAGGAGGGGAAGACUACGAGAAGGUGGUGGACCUCUGCAUGAAGGCUCGUACCCCUCGUUCUAGAUUGAUUUUCCUGUCCUGUAUUCCUGAAGCAAGGCCUUACUGGACGAGGAAGCUCAUCGACUUUUCAGUUCCUUGA